CCCUCGUUGACCUUCGUCUGCUCUUUCCCAUUGCUUCAUUCAUUUCCCUUUAAUUACACACACACACACACUGUCAAUAAUUAAUCAAAGCGAAACGACAGAAGAUAUAAAGAGACACCCGCGUGUCGUCAUUUUAAAAGGCUAUACUAUGUAGAUAGGCUUUUAGCCUUCUUUUAUAGCCGAUCCCAAAGCUUUAUCUGCAUUUACUUCUCUUGCAACUCACCACACAUCAAACAUUUGAGCGUGUUAUAUUCUAUAGAGAGAAAGAGAGAGUCCCCCAUGCACCGUCCUUACGACCAAUCAUCUCUGUUUCAUCAACUUCAACCAAAAAAACCAACAAUUGUCUUAAACUCUAUUUUUCCAACACUAGUAUCACUUCUACUAAUCACCAGUGGAAUCUUCUUUCACUUUCAUACACUUCUUGUUUCCCGAAGAAGAAGAAGUAAGAGGCAAUAACAAUGCAGCGACUCUCUCUUCUUGUUCUGUGUUUCCUCUGUUUUUCAGUCGGUUUGGGUUCGGGUCAACCGGGUCAAAGCAACGAUCUCCAAACUCUCCUCCAAGUGAAGAAGUCUCUUGUCACAAACCCAAAGGAGGAAAACGUUCUCCGGAGUUGGAACUCCGAUGAUCCCAAUUUCUGCAACUGGACCGGCGUCACGUGCGGUGGUCGUGAAGUCAUCGGUUUAAAUCUCUCCGGUUUAAACUUAACCGGUUCAAUCUCUCCUUCUAUUGGCCGGUUUGAUAACCUAAUCGACCUCGAUCUAUCGUCCAACAGUCUCGUAGGUCCCAUCCCAGCUUCUCUCUCCAACCUCUCUUCUUCUUUGGAGACUCUGCAUCUCUUCUCUAACCUACUCAGCGGCGAGAUACCGAGUCAACUCGGUUCACUCGUGAAUCUCAAGUGGUUAAAAAUCGGAAACAACGACCUCGUCGGAUCAAUCCCGGAGACGUUAGGGAAUCUCGACAAUCUCCAGACUCUCGGAUUAGCUGCGUGCAGACUCACCGGUCCGAUACCGAGUCAACUCGGUCGACUCGUUCAGAUGCAGUAUUUGUAUCUACGACAUAACUACCUCGAAGGACCGAUUCCACCCGAGUUAGGAAACUGUACCAACCUCGUUACGUUCUCCGCGGAGGUGAACAGCCUCAACGGAUCGUUACCGGCGGAGCUGAGUCGACUCGGAAACCUCGAGUCACUCAAUUUGGCAAACAAUUGCUUCUCCGGAGAGAUACCGAGUCAACUCGGUGAUCUGCGCAGCCUCAAACACCUUUACUUGAUCGGCAACAAAUUUCAAGGUUCGAUUCCAAAGACAUUAACGGAGUUGAAAAACCUCACAAUCCUUGAUUUGUCCAAGAACAGUCUCACCGGAGGGAUACAUGAAGAGUUCUGGAACAUGAAUCAGCUCGAGUAUCUGGUUCUAGAGUACAAUCCUCUCUCUGGUUCCUUACCAAAGAGCUUAUGUUCUAACAACACAAAUCUAAAGCUACUGCUUUUGAGUGAAACUCAGCUUUCCGGCGAGAUUCCGACAGAAAUCAGCAAAUGUCGGUCAUUACAAGAGCUUAACUUGUCCAACAACACGCUCACCGGUCAAAUUCCCGACUCGUUGUUUCACCUCGUCGAACUCACGGUUUUAUAUGUUAACAACUGUAGCUUGAAAGGCACGUUAUCUCCAUCUAUAUCUAACCUAACGAACCUACAAGAGUUUGGUCCGUCUCACAAUGCCUUGGAGGGGAAGUUACCAAAAGAGAUCGGUUUUCUCAGCAAACUGGAACGUCUGUUACUUCACGACAACCGGUUUUCCGGUGAAAUCCCGGUUGAGAUUGGGAACUGCACGAGUCUGCAGCAGAUUGACACGUAUGGGAAUCAUUUCAGUGGAGAGAUUCCUUCUUGGAUAGGAAGAUUGAAAGAUCUUACUUGGCUUCACUUGAGAGAGAACGAGUUUUCUGGUAACAUUCCCGCCACUUUAGGUAACUGUCACCAACUAAGGCUUCUUGAUUUAGCUGAUAAUCACCUCACCGGUUCGAUCCCUUCCUCCUUCGGCUUCUUAACGGCCUUGGACCAGCUUCACCUUUACAACAACUCUCUUCAGGGGAACCUUCCGCGCUCACUUAUCAACCUCAAGAAUCUCACAAGAAUCAAUUUCUCAAACAACACGCUCGAUGGCUCCAUCAGUCCCUUGUGCGGUUCAAGCUCUUAUCUCUCCUUCGAUCUCACGGACAACAGAUUCCAGGGAGAUAUACCUCUUGAUCUAGGGAAGUCUCCGAGCCUCGAGCGGUUAAGGUUAGGGAAGAAUCAAUUCACAGGAAGAAUCCCUUGGACAUUAGGGAAGAUCAAUGCACUGUCUUUAUUGGAUAUCUCAAGCAAUUCUCUGACUGGAACCAUACCAGUAGAGCUCGGUUUGUGUAAGAAUCUGACACUCAUUGAUCUCAGCGAUAACUUUAUUUCAGGGGUUAUACCACCGUGGCUUGGAAAGCUUCCAUUUCUUGGUGAGCUCAAGCUUUCUUCAAACCAGCUCACCAGUUCACUCCCUAGUGAGAUUUUCAACUUAACCAAGCUUCUUGUGCUAUCUCUUGAUGGUAACUCACUUAACGGCUCUAUACCACAAGAGAUUGGGAACUUGGAAGUUCUCAAUGUGCUUAACCUCGGAAAGAAUCAGAUUUCAGGUCAGCUUCCUUCAGCCAUAAGAAAGCUGAGCAAGCUUUACGAGCUUCGGUUAUCGAGAAACAUCUUAACCGGAGACAUCCCUGUUGAGAUUGGACAGCUUCAAGAUCUUCAAAGUGCUUUAGAUCUCAGCUACAACAACUUCACUGGACACAUUCCAUCAACCAUUUCGACAUUACAUAAGCUUGAAUCUCUUGAUCUGUCUCACAAUCACCUUGUCGGAGACAUUCCUGGGCCAAUAGGGGAUAUGAAGAGUUUAGGAUAUCUCAACCUCUCUUACAACAACCUAACGGGCAGGUUAAAGAAACCUUUCUAUAAAUGGCAUGCAGAUGCUUUUGUAGGCAAUGCAGAUCUCUGUGGAAGCCCUCUUAGUCCCUGCAAGAGAGCUGGAUCAAAGCAACAAGGUCUUAGCGCGAAAACCGUAGUUAUAAUCUCUGCCUUGUCUUCAGUAGCAGCUAUUGCUUUGACGGUACUAGUGGUUGUCCUCUUCUGCAAGCAAAGUCAUGAUCUUUUAAACAGCACAUUCUCAUCAAACGCUUCUCCUUCUUCACAAGCUCCUCUCUUUAGAAACGGAGCUGCAAACACGGAUAUAAAGUGGGAAGACAUUAUGGAGGCUACACAUGGCCUUGACGACGAGUUCAUGAUUGGAUCAGGAGGGUCAGGAAAAGUUUACAAAGCGGAUUUGAAAAACGGUGAGACGAUUGCUGUGAAGAAGAUUCUCUGGAAAGAUGAUUUGAUGUCAAACAAGAGCUUCAACAGAGAAGUGAAGACGCUUGGAACGAUCAGACACAGACAUUUGGUUAAGCUGAUGGGUUACUGCACUAGCAAAGCAGAAGGCUUGAACCUGUUGAUUUAUGAGUACAUGGCGAACGGAAGCGUCUGGGACUGGCUUCACGAGAAGAAGAAGCAGGUUCUUGAUUGGGAAACAAGAUUGAAAAUUGCACUUGGGUUGGCUCAAGGAGUGGAGUAUCUUCAUUUUGAUUGUGCUCCUCCUAUACUUCACCGCGAUAUCAAAACCAGUAAUGUGCUUCUUGACUCCAACAUGGAAGCACAUUUGGGAGAUUUUGGACUCGCAAAGAUCUUAACUGAAGAGAGUAAUGACACCAACACAGAAUCACAUAGUUUGUUUGCUGGCUCUUAUGGCUACAUUGCACCAGAGUAUGCUUACUCGUUGAAGGCCACUGAGAAGACCGAUGUGUACAGUAUGGGGAUAGUGUUGAUGGAGAUUGUGACUGGUAAAAAGCCAACAGAUGAAUUGUUUGAUGAAGAGACCAAUAUAGUAAGAUGGGUAGAGACGUGUCUUGAGAUGCCACCUGGUUCUAGAGCGAGGGAGAAUCUAAUUGAUUCAGAGCUUAAACCGCUUUUGCCUUGCGAAGAAGAAGCAGCUUAUCAGGUUCUUGAAAUAGCGAUUCAGUGCACAAAAACUUAUCCUCCGGAGAGACCAACUUCAAGACAAGCUUGUGACCGUCUUCUCAAUGCCUUCAACAACAGAGCUGCUAGUUAUGGGGAGAUGCAAACUGGUUCGGAGAAAUGAUUUUCCUCAAGACAUAUUAUGUAUUUUGUGCUAAUAGAAUAAUGAAAUUGAGCAUGUAGUGCUUUCUUAUGUGAUUCUUGAGGGUUUGGUUACAUUAGUAGUUUCCUAACCAUCAAAAUUUUUCUUGCAAAUCAAGAAACUGUCGGUAGAAAUCCGGAAACAAAAUUAUACAUAAAAAUCGUUGUAUUUUCAAACUUUG